AAUAAAAAAAAGACCGUGUGACGUCAAUAUCCUGCGCCCACAUGUGCACAGGUCAGAGGGGGUAACGGGGCAGUUGGACGCCGGGUAGUUUAUCAAAUGAAAUCCUCUCACGUUGGUCAUCUUUCACCGCCCAGAGGACGAGGCUCGACGGACAGACACAGCGGCAGACAUGUCGUACUGCAGACAGGAGGGUAAAGAUCGCAUCAUCUUUGUGACCAAAGAAGAUCAUGAGACACCCAGCAACGCUGAGCUCAUUCCAGAGGACCCCGAUGAUCCUUAUGAGGAACAGGGCCUGAUUCUGCCAAAUGGAGACAUCAACUGGAACUGCCCGUGCCUGGGCGGCAUGGCCAGCGGCCCUUGUGGCUCUCAGUUCAAAGAGGCCUUUUCCUGCUUCCACUACAGUAAGGAAGAGGUAAAGGGCUCCGAGUGCAUCGACAACUUCCGUAACAUGCAAGAGUGCAUGCAGAGGUACCCUGAGCUCUAUCCUCAGGAGGAAGAGAAGGAGAGUUCCUCGCAAGCAGAGUCCAACUCUGGUUCUGUCUCUGCCUUACCUCCUGAAACUGACUCUACCGCAGGCACUUCAACCUCUGAGUCCACUGUCUCAUCUGACAGCACGUCACCUACAGACAACCAGAUUGCCAGCUAAGCUCAGUCAUUCGUCAUGCAGGCUCCUGUUCUGAGUGCAAGCACUGCCCAGCAUAAAUGACGCUCCAUGACGACCUCUGAUUGGUCCCUUUCCCUGUUUUAAGCCUCCAGAGAGGGCUGACAUACUGACAUAGCUUUGACGCUCACAGGCCAGGACUUUGUGAAUGCGGAGAAAUAUAGUACAAGCGUAUAGGCUGCUUUGUUUGCUGAAAUCAUUGAAUAAUAUGAUUUAAUGACAACGGGCCAAGUUAUUCACUGCAGGGACAUUGGCUGAAAGACACUUUAUAUGCUGUAGGGAUUUAAUUUGCUGUGUUCUCAUGUCAGUCAGAAAAGCUGUUUGUUAGCAAUCAUUAUGUGUGUUUUUCUGUUAUUCUCAGCUGUUCAGGAUUAUCACUCAGCACUGAUUUGUCACUACUAUACAUCUUUUUUAUUAGCAAAGUUUUGACUCGUACUUCAGCUUAACAGUUGAAUACCUUUGCUGUCCAUCACUUAAAGACCAAAAAACACAGGUCACUGGUAAAGAACACAAGGCUAAUGUUACAGCUUCAGCUCAGUGAACAUUGACAGUAACACGUUUUUAACCCUUUAACAUCACGUAAAAACUACAGGGUCUCCAUCCACAUCUGUCGCCGUAUGAACAGUGGUUGUCAUUUUUGUUAUUCGAUGCUGUAUCUGGCCUAGACCAAAGUGGUUUGUCUCGUUUGUCGUUGCAUAAAUGUUUUUGUUGUCUUAACACUGUCUCUGGUUUGAUGCUGUGGUCACCAUUCAGUGUCAUUCAGGCCUUAAAAGACUUGAUGUUUUUUUUUUUUCUCAAACCAAUGUCCAGAUUAAAAUGGUCAUUGAACAAUC